AUGCCAUUUGCUCGGAUUCCAAACAUUUUAGUUUGCGACAACCGGUUUUGGUGGGCAAUGCUUUUUCUUAACCAGCUUUCGAUAUGCAUCUCUAUGGUCGGCUGCCUAUUAUUAAACGAAUGGGUUGAACUCGGCCCUAGUGGCUUGAUGAAAGGAUCUCUUUUCAAAAUUAAUGGAACCUCUGGGAGCACAGAUGUCAAUAAAUAUUGGCACGACUACUGGAAAGAUAACUGUGACAACGACCAAUGGCGAGAUUUCGGAAUUUGCAAAGUAAUCGAUAGUUUAUAUGCUGGAAGCAUUUAUAUGAGUGUAGGAGAAGUCCUAGCAAUUUUAUGUCUGCUUCUCUGGACUUAUUCCUUUUUUCAAUGGAUUUAUAUAGGGAAAGGAAGAGCAAAGAGUCUGCAUAGGCCAUAUAUGCAAGCAAUCGCAAUGAUAGGUUUUCAUUAUGCAGGAACAAUAAUAUGGAUUACUGAAGCAAAAGUCAAAUAUAGCGGGAGCUGUGAUUGGGAUGGGACUUUUUCACAAGUCCCUGAUCUAUGCGCAAAGAAAGAAGCUGAAGUAGCUUUAGCUUUGAUGAUUGUAAUGCCUCUUGUUGUUGUGGUGUUUAUUGUUAUUUUUCAAGCAGGAUAUAAAGAGCUGGUGGAAGCUAGAAAUCAAGCUGAAAUAAAUGAGUCUUUAGCGAGUGAUUUCUUUUCAACGGAAUAA